CCAAAGCUUAAUAUAUUCGCAAGUGGAGGAACGACUACCAACCCUAAAAUAAGGAUUCUAAGGGAAACUGUAGUGUGUCUGAGUUGCAUUUGCUUCAAACCCAUUUAACUCUAUCCCAUUUAACGUAUUUUCGUGCUUUUUCUUCCUUUAACUACGUGUCCCAUCAGGCAUUGCGGUGGCACGUGAUCUCUACACGUGACAGGUACCAACCACGGGGCGCUUUUAAGAGGCUGUCAACAGUUACGGAACCUCCAGUAACUACAAUUAACCCCCAAAUGAAAUAGACUUCCACAACGUGCAGAAGGAAAACACCUAAAAUCAGUCAUGGAUCCUUCCGCUGAAAAGAAGCUGACCGGCUUAAUUGCAGCCACGUUCACUCCAUUCACCGCCCAAGGUGAAGUCAACCUAGAGGAGAUUGGACCUUAUAUUGACUACUUGACAGAGAAGCAAGGUGUUAAUGGCAUAUUUGUGAACGGGACCACGGGAGAGAGCAUGUCUCUCAGUGUUGCAGAGCGGAAGCUCCUCGCUGAGGAGUGGUGUCAAAAAGCCAAGGGGAAAUUAGAUCAGGUGAUCGUUCACGUCGGCUGCCUGAGUCUUAAAGAAGCCAAAGAGCUGGCGGCGCAUGCAGCUCAAGUCGGCGCUGACGCCAUCGCGGCCAUGGCCCCGUUCUUCUUCAAGCCCAGAACUGCAGGCGCGCUGAGGUCGUUCCUCCAGGAAGUGGCUUCAGCCGCCCCAACGCUGCCUUUCUUUUAUUACCACAUUCCAGCCGUCACCGGUGUCACUGUGCCAGCGAGAGAUUUGUUGGAAGGCAUCCAGGAGCUCAUCCCCUCCUUCAGAGGUGUGAAGUUCAGCGGGACCGACCUGAUGGACUUUGGCCAGUGCAUCAGCAGCAGUCCACCUCACUGGUCCUUCCUGUACGGCGUGGACGAGCAACUGCUUGCAGGUCUGGUCAUGGGGGCGGACGGAGCGGUCGGCAGCACUUACAACUAUGCGGGUUGUCAUUUCAACCAGCUCAUGUCCGCGCUCAAGGACGGCCACGUCGACCAAGCCAGGAAGAUCCAGUUCAAGAUGCAACAGGUCCUCAGUUAUGCCAUGAAACUUGGCUUCGACGUGGGCGUGAACAAGCAGCUGAUGAAUGAGCUGUCGGGCUUGAACCUCGGGGCCCCCCGGCUCCCUGUGACGCCGUGUCCUCCAGAUGCCGCCGGGCUCAUCGUGAAGAAAUACCACCAGAUUUUUACCGAUUGUUGAAGUGUUUCAAACUGGAUUGUUAAAAUCCCAGAAUAACUGGACUCGCCACCUUUACACCUUUAAUCAAACCCUGCUGUGUGUCUCUCCUUGAUGGUAUUGAUAUUAUAACGUGAUGAAUUUUAUCCAAACCUCUAAUUGAUAUAUGGAUUUUUUAUUUUUUUUUAUGUAAAAAGAACUAACCCAGUGAAAUGUUACAAUGAUGUCUUAGGUCAGUAGAAUGUUUCCCUCCAGGGAAAGUUUAGCUUUAUUUUUAUACUUUUAAAAAGCACAGUUAUAAAAAAACAACAACUGCUGUUUGAAUCCGAGACAGACGGCACGUCGAUGUGACCGUUGUUUCACAAAAGAAUAAACACUCACAGAAAAGGGAAUACAAGAUUCCAGUUGUUGGACGGGAGCAUUAAGCGCAGAUUCAGCCUGUUCUCAGUUAAGAAUUCGUAUCUUAUGCUAGUAAAUGGAUACUUUUUGAAAGGGACACAUUCUGUGUAAUGAAUUACUUGUUCUUGGUAUUAUAAGUAUCAAUCACUACUUUCCUACCAAUGAAUGCGUUGAUCCAUGUGUUGUUCCUCCUUCUGUUUAUUGUUUAAAUCAGUUUAUUAAACAGUUUAUUAAAUCU